CUCAGACGGAGUCAUGGCUGCUGCCGAUCCAGCAAAAACUUUUGAGGACGAAGCUUCUUGUCCCAUCUGCCUGGAGUAUUUUAACGAUCCGGUGACUUUAGACUGCGGGCACAAUUUCUGCCGAGCCUGCAUCACCCAGUGCUGGGAGGGAUCGGAUACAGAUGUCUUCUGCCCCUGCUGCAUGGAGAUCUUUCCCCAGGGGAACUUCCGGGCCAACAGACAGCUGGGGACUCUCGUAGACCUAAUCAUCAGACAGCUGAAGGAUGAGCAACAACAGGCCAAGCUGGGAGGGGAGAGGGUGUGCGGGAAACACCAGGAGGCUCUGAAACUGUUCUGCGAGGAGGAUCAAACCCCCAUCUGUGUGGUGUGUGACAGAUCCCAGGAGCACAGCGCUCACACUGUAGUUCCCAUUCAAGAGGCUGCCCAGGAGUACAAGGAGCAAAUCUGGAGGCGGCUGGAUGUUCUGGAGAAGGGGAGAGAAGAGAUUCUAGCUCUCAUAGCGUGUGAGGAAGAGCAAAGGCAGGAACUGCUGAGACAAAUAGAAAUUGACCGGGAGACGAUGGGGUAUCGAUUUGAGAAACUGCACAUGUUUCUGCAAGAACAAGAGCGCCUCUUGCUGGCCUGGCUGGACGAGCUGGAGAAAGAGGUCACCGCCAGAAAGGAUGAAAACGUCUGCCGACUCACCGAGGAGGUUUCCCGUCUCAACACCCUGAUCGGGCAGAUGGAGGAGAAGUGCGAGCAGCCUGCAAGUGAAUUCAUGCAGGAUGUCAGAAGCACUUUGAGCAGAUGUGAGAUAGGCACAUUCCAGGCUCCAGCGCCUGCUUCUCCUGAACCAAAGUGGAGACUCUGGUUGUUUUCUCAAAAUUUCGCUUUCCUCCAGGAUGCGCUGAGGAAGCUGAAAGUGAAUCUGUUGCCUGAACCGAAACCGGACAGAGCUGAAGUGACUCUGGAUCCAGACACGGCAAAUCCCUGGCUCGCCGUGUCCGCGGAUGGCAAAAGUGUGCACUGGGGAGUUGCCCGGCAGGACCUGCCCGACCAUCCCGAGAGAUUUGACCCUGCUCCCUGCGUGCUGGCUUCUGAGGGCUUUGCCUCUGGGAGGCAUUCCUGGGAGGUGGAAGUUGGAGAAGGGGCAGUCUGGGUUGUGGGAGUAGCCCUGGAGCCUGUUAAGAGGAAAGGAGCGAGCACGUUUACACCAGAGCAGAGGAUCUGGGCCGUGCGGAAAUACUGGGAACAGCAUUGGGCGCUCACCUGCCCUGAAACUCCUUUGUAUCUACAUGGGGUCCCUCGGAGGAUCCGGAUUUAUGUGGACUAUGAAGGGGGGUUGGUGGCGUUUUAUGAUGCUGGCAACGAGGCCCCGAUCUUCACUUUCCCACCAGCCCCUUUUGCUGGGGAGAAAAUCCGCCCUUUCUUUGAGCUGCUGAGUACAGGCUCCCAGAUCAAACUGUGCCCCUGAAACACAGGACAAACCAUCCCAGAUUGGCCUUGGUCCUACAAACAUUAGUAAUAGGGCCGUUCCAUAGAAGCAAUCAGUGUGGCUGCCUCAGGAAUGGUUUUGUUGCCAGCGGGCAAGAAGAUGGUCCUCAGAAUGAUAAAUAAAAGGCUGGUGCAGUAAAUAAUCAGUUAGGAUGUGCACCACACUAUGAGAGAUGUUUGGAGCAGCCCUGGCACGCAGAUCACAGGGGGAGAUUUAAAGAUGAAUAUCUACGUGUCCAUAGUAUUUCAGCACCUACAGGUCUCAGCUGAGAUCAGGGCCCUGUUGUGCCGGGCGCUGCACAGACACACAGGGAGAGACAGUCCCUG